AUGCAGAUCAAUGUCGAAUCAAACAUCAAACAGACGGGGGAGGGAGCAGCGUUCGCCUGUCGUCGUCACGUCAAGUUUGGCCUCAUUCACGUACCUGCAACAAAACCAAUCCGAUGGGGUCCACCAGUGCUCACCAACAAGGGAAGGGUCCUGUGGCCCCGACUCCCACUGACAAGCGCCCGUCACCGACUCGCGUUCCGAUCGCCUGGAGCAGGGAGUCUCGAAGGGAGGGUCCUCCUCCCUCAGGCACCAUUCAUUAGUGGUGGGUGGCUGUCAAAAGCAAUCCAAUCCAUGGCCCCAUCACACACAUCAUGCACGUAUGCAGAGAUGAUCCCUCGGCCUCCCCCGAGAAUUGGUUUUAUCCUCGUCGACAAGUUCAGAAUGGUGCACAACAACCCAACGAAUGCCCGUUUGAACGACCUUCAUCUCUGCAGCAUGGGGCCCGUUGCAUAUACAUCACAAGCACUUGUAUAUAAUAUUGCCCCUAUAGUAGUAGCGGCAGUGGCGAAGCAGAGUACAAAUAAAAGGCGCCUCCUUGUCGAUGCCAUGCUCCCCAAACCAUGCUGA